AUGCUUCACUUUCCGCGCCAGGAGAUGCUGCCGUCACCCUCACCGGACAGUGCCUAUUGCCAGGAAACCAACCGGCACGAGAUCCUCGGGACUACAGGCGCUAUGAUGACCGUCGCAAUCAUCAUAGCAGGCUUGCGCAUAACCGUCAGGACAUUGAUGAUCAAAGCUGAUCCUUCGACGAAAUGCUUCUCGAACAAUACAUUCACCGCCAUUGGACUGUACAACAGCAGUGUCAACUGCAUUACAGACUUCAUGUUUGCGAUAAUCUCGAUUCCAAUUAUCGUCAAGCUGCGGGUCAACAACCGAACAAAGGUGUCCCUGGCUUGCGUUCUCAGCUGGGGAUAUAUUGCGUGCGCCGCUGGCAUACAACAUAGUUUCCUUGACGAAGUCGAUGCACUGUGGCAUAACGACUUCAAUGUCUGGAACAUGAUCGAGCUAUGUGUUGGAAUUGUGGCAGCAUCUCUGCCUGCAUUGCGACCAUUUUUCGCUAGCCUGCUGGAUAGGACCAGAACUUACCUGUCAUCCGGCAGCACGGGUUCACACAAUCGCACAAAUCCAGAACCUCCAGACGGAAGCAGACCUAGCGAUGUGAAGCUCAACGACUGGCAAGGCGACUCGAAGGCAAAUCGGGCGAACAUGGAUUUCUCGUCGACAACGAAGAUUGUUGGGGAUCCGGACGUCUACAGCGAACGAGUGGGUUCGGCACGAAAUCACCGAUACACUGUCGGGGUGACAGCAGGUCGGGACCCAGGCGACGAUGGAAGCUGGGAAGACAUUGGGCCGGCCUCGAAUCGAAGCCUUAGCGAAGAGACGCUGGGUCGUCCUGCGAUAUACAAAACAACGGAGAUCACGACUUGGUCAAAUCCUAAAGCGGCGUACUUGAUAUGA